UUUGAGAUUUAUGUCGAUUUCUUACUAUAUUGGUUAAUGUAUGUACUUUGCUAAUUAUUCAACGAGAUCUUAGCAUUGAUUUGAUUAGCUGUCGGCUAUAAACUUAGUGGACCUGUCAACAGCAACUCUUCUAUCUACUCACGCGUGACACUAUUUAUAGCCAAACAGGCUCUCCUUUGCUCCUUACCAUCCACCUGUAAAACUCUCAAUCUUCUCUGCUUCUCCAUUUUAUUGUUCAUCUUCUUCUUCACCAGCAAUAUUUUGAGGGUUUAACAGAGAGAAAGAUCAUGGGAAUAUAUGGAAUGGUGACUGGAAAAGCGGGAAAGAGUGGAUUUGGAUCAGCUUCAACAGCUGAAGAUGUCACUCAGUCCAUUGAUGCCAAUCAUCUCACUGUCAUCGUUACAGGUGGAACAAGUGGGAUUGGAUUGGAAGCAGCAAGAGUGUUAGGAAUGAGAGGUGCUCAUGUGAUUAUCGCUGCAAGAAACACAAAAGCAGCUAAUGAAUCUAAAGAGAUGAUUCUCAAGAUGAACCCUAAUGCACGUAUUGAUUAUCUUCAAUUCGAUCUCUCUUCCAUCAAAUCCGUCAGAUCCUUCGUCCAUCAGUUUCUUGCCCUUAAUCUCCCUCUCAACAUACUCAUAAACAAUGCAGGUGUUAUGUUUUGUCCUUUCCAGCUCACUGAAGAUGGGAUUGAGUCGCAGUUCGCAACAAACCACAUUGGUCAUUUUCUGUUGACGAAUCUGCUGCUGGACAAGAUGAAGAGUAGUGCUAGAGAAAGUGGAAUUGAAGGAAGGAUUGUGAAUCUGUCAUCUGUUGCUCAUACUUAUACUUACACCGAAGGUAUCAAGUUCGACAGCAUCAACGACCCUGAUACAUAUUCGGAGAAGAAGGCUUAUGGACAAUCAAAACUGGCAAACUUAUUGCACUCUAAUGCACUCUCUCGUAAACUACAGGAAGAAGGUGUGAACAUCACAGUAAACUCGGUACACCCUGGACUUGUCACCACUAAUCUCUUUCGCCACUCCGGUUUAGGAAUGUCGGUCUUCAAGGCUAUGAGUUUCUUCUUGUGGAAGAACAUACCUCAGGGAGCAGCAACAACAUGUUACGUAGCACUUCAUCCUAGUCUGAAAGGCGUCACGGGAAAGUACUUCGCCGAUUGUAACGUCACUACUCCGAGCAAUUUCGCCACCGACAAAUCUCUCGCCGAUAAACUUUGGGACUUCAGUAUCAAACUCAUUGAUUCUCUCCCUAACUAAACCUCUAAUUAAGCUUGUUUUGUUUAGACGAAAAAUUUACAUUCAAAAUUACAAGAUUUAAAUGCAAUAAUGUCCCUAAUAAUAUAUUUACCAAUUAUUUCCCUU